UGUGCCAGCCAGGCCUCACGCCCCCCUCCUCACCCAGAACUGACUAAAUUACACCGCUCUUUCACGCCUCCUUCUCUUCACCCGACUCCUCGGUGCAGCUUGUGGGUUCCGCCGCGGCGAUUAACCCUGGUCCGUUUUCAAAAGCGUCUGAAGUAAAUCAGCGCUCUCCCCGCUGCUCGGCUUGGGCGGUUUGACCCCGCAGGCGUUUUGGAUAUAUAUCAGCACUGUGCGCGACUGGAACAUUGUGUCCGUCACAUAAAGGGGAAGAAUGACAGCCAAGCACCGAAAAGGGAAAAGCAAUCACAAACAGGAGGAUAACUUUUUUAAGAAUGAUAUCUUGGAAACAGAAGUUCGCCCCGUUGGAAACAACCACACUCCUCUGCUGGUUUUAGUUUUGAUCGUUGUGAUCGGCUGCCUCUCCGGCGCAUGGUUGUUUUUCCAGCAGCACCUAACUUUGACCGACCUGACUGACAGCGUCGUGGGCAUUCAGGUGAAAAUAGCCAAACUGCAGUCUUCUCACGAGGAGCUGAGGCUGUCAAAUACUAAGCAGCAUGUUUCGGGGAACGUGGAGACACGGCUGGCUUCACUGGAAGAGUCUUACGUGCUAGCUCAGAAACAGGUGAGCAUGGCCAUGGCUACAGCCGAGCAGCUCAAGACGUCCGACCUCCCAGCUCAGGUGCUGUCUCUGCACACUGAGAUGAAAACCCGACUGGCAGAGGUUCAGCAAGCCACCGUUACUCUGGACCAACUGCACCAGUUGCAGAGCCUGCUGAUGGGGAAGAGCGUGGAGUUUGAGGACGUCAGAAUGCAGGUGGAAGAUUUGGCUGCGGCGAGCGGUGAACUCUCUCAGAAGGUUGAGGACUUGUCUUUGAACUUCGCAGAAGCGGAGUCAAAGAUGGAAGAAACGAUUGGCCAAAUUGACACAAUGAGUGCUACACUGGAUGGACAAACCAGCGAAGUGUUGAGACUGAAGAAUCAAUUGGACACCUACCAGGCUCAUCUGGAGAACAGUUUACUGGAGACGGCUAAUCUCAGGGAGUUGCUUGAAAGCAAAAAGUCCCAGCUGCUCAUGAAGGCCGGUGCAGAGGAGCAGAUUGUAUCACAAAUACAGCCUCAUGCUGAACAUCUUGAAAAGGCGGAAGUAGAUGCUGCUGAAGAAAAGGAGGUGGCUGAUGAUGCUACUGAUAAUGAACAAGAAGAGUUCGCUGCAGAUGAUGAUGAUGAUUAUGAUAAAGAAGAAGAAAAUAAAAAAGCAGCUGUGGAAACUGUAGAGGAAGAAGAGACUGUGACAACAGAAGUGGAGCAGGCCGCUGCAGUAACUGAGGAGCAAGAAGACGACGCUGCCAUGAGUGAAGAAGAAAAUGAAGCUGCAGAACCAGAGGACCAAAACUGGGAGGCAGCUGAACUUAAGGAGGAAGAAGAUGAGGCUGAAGAACAUGAGGAGGGAGAAAUGGAGGCUGCAGGACCAGAGGAGGAAGAAGAGGAGGCUGCAGAACGUGAGGACAAAGAAGAGAAGGCAUCAGAACCUGGAAAGGAAGAAGAGAGGGCUUUAGAACCUGAGGAGGAAGAGGAGAGGGCUUUAGAACCUGAGGAGGAGGAAGAGGAGAGGGCUUCAGAACCUGGAGAGGAAGAGGAGGAGAGGGCUUCAGAACCUGGGGAGGAAGAAGAGGAGUCUGCAGAACCUGAGGAGGAAGAAGAGGAGUCUGCAGAACCUGAAAAGGAAGAAGAGAAGGCUGCAGAGCCUGAGGAGCAAAUGGAGGAGGCUGUUGCAACUGAGGCUGAAGACCAGACAGCUGGUGGGGAUGAGGAAGAAGAAGCUCUCACAGCUCAGGAAAGGGAAGAGUUACCUGCAGCAGCACCUAUAGAGGAGGAUACAGAAGAAACUGAAGAGGAGACACUUGCAGCAGCUGAAGAAGAACUGGAGCUCCCUUCAAAGGAAGAAUCAGGAGCAUCUUUCCAACAGGAAGAAUAUGCAGCAGAUGAUGAUCAUGAUGCAUCUCCUGUGGAGCAGGAGGACCGGGAGACUAAAGAAACCGCUACUGAGGAGGAGGAAAAUGAUGCCGUGCAUGAAAAGCCAGUUGAUGGGUCAGAAAGAAUUAACGAUUAUGAAGAAAUCAUUCAGGAGGAUUCAACAGUCUUAGAGGAGAAUCAAAAAGCAGCAAUGGAGAAAGAAGAAACAGAGGAGGAUAAAAAUGGGAAAGCAAAAGAUAUGGUGGAAGAACAGCAACAAGUACCAACUAAAGAUGAGCCACAGGAGGGAGAGGAAGAUGAGUUCUCAGACGAUUUUGCUUUUCUAGACGAUAAAUGAAGCAAGUAAGGGUGUGGAUAAUACUUUAUUUAUGGCAUGCUGAGGAAAUCCACCAAGGACAACGGGAACUUUUGUAGACCCUCUACACCAUGACAAAUGCAGUUUUUUUUUCUGUGUGUUUGAUGGCAGAUGAUGCUUUGAAGGCAGACCAAAUCGGAAUGUACUGGGCUGGAGAUGGAGUGAAACUAAAAAUGAGAGGGCUGAAUUUGAGCAAUUUCUUUAUUGUUUACCUCUCAGUGUCAACAUCAAAAGCCUUAAUCUAUAAAAUAACAUUUUGCAGAGAAGAUUUCACUCUAUAGGUUCCCCUUUUCCCACCAUGUCUAAGCACAAAAUUAAAGAUUUAAGCAGGUGACCUAACAAGAAAAAAAAUACAUACGUUUCAGUUCACUAAAAUUAGUAAAUCUGACAACUAUUUCUGUGAUUCAACUGACAAAGUGAAAUGACGCUGGAACUAUUUUGUGAAUUCAUUACACACAAAGUAAUGUAUUUCAAGCAUUUAUUUCAGCUUUUUUUGAUAAUUCUGGCUUAUAUUAAAAGACUGAAAUUGGUUUCUCAUAAAAGUGGAAUAUUCCAAAGAUCUGCUGUGCUGUGGCUCAAUGUUUUUUCUCCUUACCCCAGGUAUGACACUUUAGACAUCAUCUCUGCUUUAGAAGUGGUUAACAUGAGGAAUGAAACAGCCUUUUGUAAAUGGUGAAUGUAGUCUAUGUCCUGAAUAUGCAGCGCAGAGGCUUCCCCUGACACUUGAAAGGGUGUUUCGUCACAGUCCUCCCAGGCUGGUAGUUUUCUGUUUUGUGCAACUUUUUCUACCAAAUGCUUACCUUCCAUUCAGCUUUACAUUAUUAUGCAUCAAUGUGUUAGCACAAUAUUAGUCUAUGCUGCGUUUAUGUUUGCAGUUCGGUGAACAGACAGCUUAAUUUGCAUUGAUCUUUGGUGGCGUAACUUUGUUGUUGUAAUUGAAGGUUCAUUCAUCAAACUUGAUGGAAAUAAAUGCUUGAAAUGCAUCAGGAUAGCGAGUUUAUGUUUUUUUUAAAGCGUGGAUUAUAUGAUGGAGUAUUAGAAUCAGUGUAGAUAAAAGAAACAAUUUCUGCCACAAAACUUUCUGCCACAAUUUCUAAAUGAAUUAAACAUAUUUAUAAGAAAAAAAACUUGCAUAUUCUCUGUCAAAAAGUCAGAAUUGAAUAUAGGUAUACAUUUACAAUAUUAAAGCUAUAAGAUAUACAUUUGAAUGGAAUUUAGAAGUCAGAAGUUCUGAGAUUUUAAAGUCAGACAUUUGUGAAAAAUUGCCAGAAAUCCUCUAAGAUUGAUACAAUAAAUUUAUGAGACGAUCAUCCGGAUAUUUUUGAAAGUGUAAACACUAUUAAAUAUCCAUAAAUUCAUCUCCUUAAUGUACCAUCUAAAUCUUAGAAGACCUCUAGUUUUUGUUGCAAAUUUCAGAUUUUAUAGCACAUAUUAUCUGUUUGAAUUUAUUAUUUUUU